AUGGCAAGAAAUAAUUCUACUGUGAGCGAACUUUACAGUUCGUGUCGUAACAACGACAUAAACGAAGUAAAAGAAUUAGUUAGGAAGUUGCCUCUGGAUGAAAUAGACCGCAUUGAACCGAACGGAAGUACUGCCCUGCAUGUUGCUUCUUAUUAUGGACAUAUUGAAAUAGUUGGAUUAUUACUAGAGCGAGGCGCAUCUCGUUCGAUAAGAAAUCGCCAUGGUUAUACGCCGGAAUCUGAAUCGAAAGGCAUUGAAAUUAGACGACUUUUUCUUCGUGAAAAUGAAAGUGAAAGAUUUGUUUGUCACGGUGAUGAAAUUGAAUGGAUGAAAGUUGAUGAGAACGUUCAUAGAGAAGCGGGAAAAUGGCGCUGGAUAAUCGAACACUCAUGGGAAGGUCGUAAUCUUGAUUGGCUUGUGCAUGAAGUUCAAACUGAUUUUAUUAAUAUUGACUUUAAAGAAUCACGACAUCUCGAACGAAUAAAAAAAUAUUUCGAUGAAGUAAUAGACAAAAAGGAUCCUAUUUAUUUAAUUACAGCUUACACAGCUCAAACUGAUUUUUAUUCGCAUUUAAAUAAACAACUGGCAAUAAUUGGUGGGAAUUUUAAAAGUGCUAAUGAUAAUGUUAAUCGUUGUGGAAUGAAAUGUUAUUUGCAAAUUUUGUUUACGCAUUGUGCGUUUGAUCGAAUGAGUUACAUUGGUGAAUGUUAUCGAGGGAUGAAAAUCACACAGCACGAUUUAGGUCAAUACGAAGUUAGAUCACAUAUAAUGAACAAAGCAUUUUUAUCCACAUCCUUCGAUUACUCUGUAGCUAAGAAAUUUGCAAUUAAACGCAUUGAGGUAAACAAACAGAAAUUUACCGCAAUUUGUACUUACAAAAUACGUAAUAGACGUACUGCAUUAAGUAUAAUGGAAGUAUCUGAGUAUCAACACGAAAAAGAGGUUCUUAUCAUGCCAUAUACAGCAUUUCAAGUCAAAUCAAUUAGAAGAAAUUCCAACAAUCAAAACAAUGAGCCAGAUUUUUUUAUUGAUCUUGAAGAAAGUGCACCAACAAGUGGACUAAAUGAACAAAACGAAGCAAUAAAUACUGAAAAACAACUUACACUUCGCAAAAAAUUCAUGCGAAAGUUCAACAAAUGGUUAGGAAACGAGAGUUAG